AAAUAAUUUGAGCAUGAUGAUAUAGUCGAGAACUUAUGUGAAUAUGAACAAUGGCGCAACUUAUUCGGCGGUUGUCAUCAAAGUUUAUCAGAAAAAGGAAUUUGCCGGAUGUUGUUGAGCGUUUUGUGGAAGAUGAUUUUGGAGUAACAUCUGCGUAUCGACACGGAUACCCCAAUCAGCCAAGUUGUUUUGCAUUCGAUCCAGUUUCCAGACUUCUUGCUAUCGGAACCAAAGAUGGUUUCAUCACACUAUACGGGCGACCUGGGGUGGAGCAGAGGUUCGCACACGAACAACAAGUUGCUGUCACCCAGAUUAUAUUCCUUCCCAACACGAAGCAGUUGUUGACCGUCUGUGGAACAAUAAGUACGGUAUUCUUAUGGAACCUUGUAGACGAGACCGGUCACGUGUUUCCCUUCUUGUUGAAGUCUUGUAAAAUACCCUGCCACGCCGGAAAAGAGAAGAUCUGUUUUGGACAUAUGCCAAUACAUUCCGACUGGAUCUAUUUGGGAACUACGUUUGGAAACAUUUACACAGUCAACGUUAAGACCUGCAAAUCUUCAAACUACACCAUCUAUUGGUCCAACGCAGCUAAACCGCUCAACACUAAGAAAUCUGCUCACAAUGAUAACAACACAGCGCAUCCUGGCGAGGUUGUAGGAAUUGUGGAACCUCCUGCUGAACCAUCAAGACUUCUCAUCGCUUACAGUAAAGGGUUAAUGAUAAUAUGGAAUCUGAAUAAAAAAGAGACAGAGAAAGUGUUCCAGAGCCGAACUGCUAUAAAGUCAGUAUACUGGCACACAGAGACCAAGGAGACGACUAAGAGGUUCAUAGUUUCCCACAUUGACGGCAGCUUGACGGAAUGGGAACACGAGAAGAAGAAAAAGGGAAAUGCUCCCCUCAAGUCCUGCACUCCUUUCGAAGAUCUGGGCAGGUGUGACUUCAUUGGUAAAGUUUUGAAAGUAAAGAGAGUGAAUGAGACACAUCCUAUAAUUAUAUUCAGUGGUGGAUUACCUGCCACAGACUACCUGGACAAAAACACAGUUACUAUUUCUCAACACCGCUGGGAGAACGAUCUUACUACUCUCGAGUGUCCUUCCAAGGUGAUUGAUUUCCAAGUUAUAGAGACUCCGCCUUCGAAGAAGAACGAAACUCACGCCACUUCCUUGUUAAUACUUACAGAGGAGGAGCUCAUCGCUAUUGACCUUCUGGAUCCCAGCUUGCCGGAGUUCAGAUUGCCGUACCUCUCUCCCAUACACAGUUCUCCGGUUCAAUUCAUCAAAUACCUCCCAAACUGUCCUAACACAUUCCUGGAAUUGCUGACCCAGCAUAACGAUAAAGUUGUCCUCGACAAAUAUUCUAAAAGUCCGUGGCCAAUACAAGGAGGACAGCUAGACAUCGAUGGAGAGCCCAGAAUGACGGAUUUAGUUAUCAGUGGUCACGAAGAUGGAGUAAUCAAUAUUUGGACGGUUUCUACCUCGAUGAUGAAGUUGGUGUACAGCCAAGAAACAGAAAGAAUAUUGGAGCCCAAAAUCAGUAAUCUUGAGGAUAUGAUGGGUGGUUAUGAGGACGAAAUAGAGAUGAAACCUGUAGGGAGAUAUAACCCUUAUCUGAACGACCCUAAUCUGAGCAUCUGUCAGAUGGAACUUUGUCCAUUCGAUAGGAUCUUAUGUGCGGCCAAUAAGAAAGGAGAAAUAUACAAGUUUAAGUUUAACCCUGGCAUAAGGAAGCUAGAAACUCCCAUCUGUAAUAUCGACCUUUCUCCGUCUACUGAACCUAAUAAACCAACUGAAGACAAAACUCACUCAGCUGUGAUACAUUUCGAAGCAGGAUUACAACCAGACUUGUGUAUAAAAGUUUACCCACCCACCCCCAUCCUAACCAUGGCACUCAAUCCUAGUGCUGGCUUAUUAGCUCUCGGUACUCUAUACGGGCUAGCUAUAGUAGAUAUCACUACCCACAAAAUAAUAUUCGCCACGUGUACGCUAGACAAAUCAGAUCCCCUACAAAGUCAGCCCUUCUCUAACAUGACCAGAGGCGAAAAACUCCGGAGAACAUUCAGUGUUCGUCAGAGCCGAUCUUCCAAACGCGGUGGGUCCUCAAGUAGUGUGAGACGGACAAAGUCGGAAAAGGGCACCAACGCUUCUUCCAGACAAUCCAUGAAAUCCUUAAAAUCACCUCCAGUUCAACCGCAGAGAGGGUCUGCAAAGAGCAACUUUGGUGGCAAUAGUACUAGAAAAUCAAGAUUAGGACAAUCAAGACGGAAUCUUGGUCAGAACGACAACGUACAGGCAGUUGAAAACGCUGAUGACACCAAGUCUGGAAUCUACAAGAAAUCCAGAGUCAUAUCACUUGUGUUUGCUGAAACUUUCCCGCCUGAUCCUAGCUUUAAACAACCUAUCAAAACGCUGUGGGCUGGCUUGGGAAGUGGCAGGAUGCAAUGUUACAAACUUGAUGUCGGGAGGAACAGACACGACGGCGUUACCUUGACACCAAUUGGUCAGAUGUCGAUUCAUCACACGGAUGCGAUCAUUUUCAUGGGAUUUGUGGACAAGGAGGGUAAGAUGCUGCCUGAACACAAUCAGAUACCACUAGAAGCAGCAAGAGAACAACCGCAUUUCUUUGUCGUGGUUUCAACUUGCCAGGUAAAAGUGAUUGAGCUGCCCUCAAGUUUAACUGUGAGAAAAGAUCGUCUACAGGAUGGUGAAGUGUUCAGGAAGGCCUUCGUGAUGACCUUCAGGAAUGCAGCUGCUCUGGUAUGCUUGAAAACUUCCGGAGAUUUGAACAUAUACAGCUUACCUCAUCUCAAAGUUAUGGCUAAGAACGCUAGAUGUAUGACGGUCGAUGACGCUAAAGGAAUUAUGAGUUUGACGAUGGCUAAGAAUGGGUACGCUGUGUAUCUCUUUAACGCUUCAGAAAUCCAGUGGAUAACCGUAGCUGAAGCCUUCUUGCCUCCUGAUUCCUGGUCAAUACCUUUCGCUGAUCCGGUUCACAGGAAAAAGAUUAAAUUCGACCGUAACAAAUUGUUUGAAAAGGGUAAAGGAACCGUACCUGGACUUGAACAAAGAGAGGAGGUCGAAAAGUCGGAAGGUUUUACAGAAACCCUCAUCGAAUAUCCAAACAACAAUAAUACAAAUGAGCCCAACCUCGCUCUAGCUGACAGAUCAGACGCAGACUAUCCCGCAUCUCCAGAGUUGUUUAGUCCUGAGGGCAGCAUGGAUAGUGACUUAGACAAACAGAGUGAGUCAGGAUCUCGUAGUGGUCGACGCCGCAGUUCGCUAGUUGAAGCUUUUGAGGGUGUCAAGAACGCCGGCCUAGGGUUCUUUAAGUCCGGAAGUAAGAACAGUAUAAACGAUCUACCAGCGACUGAGGAGAGUGCUGAACAGCCCCCCAAACCACCUCCAGUCAGCAACUCUAAUCACAACAACCAACCUAAACUUACUGUCAACAGUUUAGAUCGCACCAACAAGCAAUUUGCGUAUUCAAGCAAUAGGGGUAACAAGAACCGACACCAAAACCUAUCCUUCCAAGGUGUAUAAACCUUGCAAUAUGGGCUACUGAGGAGAGAGGUGAGAAGUUGGAAACACUGGAGAACAAAUCUACCACACUUAUGGAGGGCGCCCGGUCAUUCGGCGCUAAUGCUAAACGUCUCAGAGAACAAGCUGCUGCCGGACACUAGACUCCGGACCCAGGACUCCCAGCAUAGGACUCCGGACAUUCGGACAUCUCCAGGAUAAUAUGUUAUCAUUCUCUGUUUACGUUUGUUGCACCGCUUUUUUCCCACAUUUAGUUCUAGUCAUUUUGUUAUGCGCAAUGAAUGUGAAUUUCUUGUCAUGUAGAUUGCUAUACAGCCUUUUUCGGUUCAGAUUACUGCUUUCAAAUAGCUGUUUUAAUAUUUUUAUAAUAUUUUGACUAUUUUAAAAAGCCCCUGCUUACUUACAAAUUUAUGUAUCAGAUCAAAAUUUUCUUUUUGAAUGGUUUUAGUUUUAAGGUGGACGUUGGUUGGUGAUGGGGUUUAUUCAGAACAAUUUAAAGUUAUUAUGCAUGUUAAACAUACAGCUUACUACAACGUGAUCAAUUAUCUUAUUUACAAGACGUCUUUAUUUUAAGUUUGAUCCUCAUGAUUGAAGAUGAUCAGCUGACAAUUUGAGGAGGAAUUAGUGUGGCUUGAUACGACCAGUUAAAGAUUAAUGAUUAUGAUUUAUCAUUUAAGUUUUAAGAUUCAGAUUUUUAAUGAAAUGAAACUCCAAGAUGUAAGUUACAAUAGAAGUGACGUGCCAAGUCGCGCGUGAAACUGUAAAUUAUAAGAGUUCCGACUGAUAGUGAUAUUAUUAGCAGUGCUGUUUUCUGACGUUUUUCGGUUACAAUUAUACACUGUACUUCGAGUUACUUGGAAAAUGCAAUGUAAAUUUGUCAAA